AUAUAGGUAACGACUAACGAGUCAACGAAAACAACAACCAAUUUCAUUAUGAUGAUUUUUUUUUUGACGUGUUUUGACCGUGAAAUGUGAAAAUAAUUUUGUGUUUAAUAUUAUUACGAAUUAUUAACAUAAUGCAUUUAAAUUUUCAUUAUGCUCAAUGUCCACAAUAUGACUCGUGUGUUAUUUAUUUAUCAGAUUAAAUUAAAUCGCAUACUAUGAAUCACAUUGAUGGAACGCAUUUAGUUUGUUUUAAACUGACCACUUAAAACUGAAAAAAAAUUAAUAACCAUGUCGGGGUCAAAGCGUUAUGGAUCUAGCUCGUCGUAUUCAUCACACAGUCCCCCUAUUCCUGAACGUUGGAUUAAAUGCCCUCGUAAAUCUUAUACAACUAUUGCUGAAAAAUUUGUGGCAUUCAAAACACCACUUGAUAGUAAAUAUGACGAUCAAAUACCUAUCGAGAAUAGGUUCAAUACAGAAAUGUUGUUCUCAUCAAUGUCUAAUAUGAAGGUAACUAUAGGUUUAUGGAUCGAUCUGACUAAAACUAGUCGUUUCUAUAAUAAAUCUGAAGUCGAAGAUUCGGAUUGUAAAUAUGUAAAAAUUCCAUGCGCUGGUCAUGAACAACCUCCUACGCGAGAACAAGCACAAUUAUUUGUAGAUAUUUGUUCAAAAUUUAUUGCUAAAAAUCCUUUGCUAUCCAUUGGUGUUCAUUGCACUCAUGGUUUUAACCGAACAGGAUUUAUGAUAGCUACUUAUUUAAUAGAAACAUUUGAUGUUAGUGUAACUAGUGCCAUAGCUCAAUUUGCGGCAGCUAGACCUACUGGAAUUUACAAACAAGAUUAUAUAGUUGAAUUAUUUCAACGGUAUUCAGAUGAUGAAGAACCUAUACUAGCUCCAGAACUUCCAGAUUGGUGUUUAGAAUCGGAAGAAGAUAAUCAUAAUUCAAGUAAAUUUGAAUCCUCUUCGCGAAAUAAACGUGACUUCAGAGAUCAAGACUCUAAAGAUAGAAGAGAACAUGAACCUUCUAGUAAACGAUCAAGAAAUGAAAUGAAUAAUCGUAACCCAGUAUUUAUGGAAGGUGUAUCUGGUGUUACUGCUAUUUUUGAUCAACCAAGAUUAGGCAACAUUCAAAGAAGAACUCAAGACUUAUGUAAAUGGAAAAGAUCUGGAUUUCCUGGAUCUCAACCAGUGUCUAUGGAUAUUCAAAAUAUGAAAUUAUUACAUACAAAACCUUACCGUGUUACGUGGAAAGCUGACGGUACUAGAUACUUAAUGUUUAUCCAAGGUGAAAAUGAGAUAUAUUUUAUUGAUAGAGACAACAGUGUAUUUGAAGUUGAGGGAUUGACAUUUUUACACAGAAAAAAUCUAGAUCAUCAUUUGAAAGACACUUUAUUAGAUGGUGAAAUGAUUAUUGAUAAAGUCGAUGGACAAAAUAUACCUCGCUACUUAGUAUAUGAUGUAGUAGCAUUUGAAGGUUUUGAUGUUGGUAAACAGCCAUUUUAUCCAAAUAGAUGUAUGCUAAUAGAAGUUGAUAUAAUUAAACCCAGGCAUCAAGCAAUUGUAUGUGGUCGUUUAGACAAAACUCAAGAACCAUUUAGUAUUCGUUUGAAACAAUUCUAUGACAUUAAUGCUUCUGAUAAAUUGCUGGGAAAUUUUAGUAAAAAUUUAUCUCAUGAACCUGAUGGUCUCAUAUUCCAACCAUCAUCUGAUCCUUAUGUAGCUGGUACGUGUCCUGAAGUUUUGAAAUGGAAACCAUUGGAACUGAAUUCUGUUGAUUUUAAACUUAAAAUUGUUACAGAAGGUGGAACUGGAAUGUUGGAAUCAAAAGUUGGAUAUUUGUAUGUAGGUGGUAAAUCUGAUCCCUUUGCCAGAAUGAAAUAUAAUAAAGAACUUAAAAAUAUGGAUGGAAAAAUAAUCGAAUGCAAAUUUGAAAAUGGAAAUUGGAAGUUUAUGCGAGAGCGAACUGACAAAUCGUUUCCAAAUGCUCUCAAAACUGCAAUAGCAAUUUGCCACAGCAUUGAAACACCUGUUACAAAAGAAAUUCUCUUAAAGUAUAUACAACAAGCUCCACGUAGAUGAUGUUAUGUGUACACGAUAACAAAUGUAAUUGCUUAAUAUGUUUCAUAACAACUUUAUUAUACAUUUUAUUCUGUAUAUAAAACAAUUAAUAAGUUAUUAUAAGAUUUUAACUAAGUUUAUAUUGAUAAAUAUUAUAAAAUCUGACAUAAAUUUAAUAAAAACGUAUGUCCUUAUAAUGAAUAUAUAUCAAAUGUAUAAUAAAUUGUGCAUCAUGCAA